AUGGCCGCAGGUGGCGUAGCUGUACAGCGAAAUGUACGAGUCUCUGACAUAGCUGAUGAACCGCACAGGAUAUUGAUGCCCAUUCGGGGCUAUGACGAAAAGCCUUUGGUAUCACUCGAAGAAGCCGUCAAGCCACUUGUCUCGAUUUUACCCGAAGUUUACGGUUAUGUCUAUGUGGCCAAACAAAGAUGCGAAGAAGAUCCUGCCGAUGGCCUGUCACAAGAUGAAUCAGCGUCUAUUAUUCUCUACUCGAUGGAAUGGGAACCACAAGAGCAGUGUCUUUAUUACGUCCUCAAUGCAAAAAACUCUCCGUUCUGA